AUGGCGCCAUUGACCAAUCAGAAUCCAGUGUUCCAGAGAGCCGUGCAAUGCUUGUUUUUGCUUGAUGAUCCAAACUCGCCGUCAGCCGUGUCCCGUGGGCAGAAUGCGUCGGAUGGUGUGAAGAAGCCGUGGGAUCGAGCGAACUCUGCAGAGAGAUCAGGACUCGUGUCCAGGGUUCGACCGGUGGGAAGCCUCAGUGACUCAGACGCCUUCGACUUUGACCGAAUGAAACAGGACAUUUUGGAAGAAGUUGUUCGGGAAUUACACAAAAUGAAAGACGAGAUCAUUGAUGCCAUUAGACAUGAACUCAGUAGAAUCAGCACAACAUAAUGUUCAUCCCGUACUGAGACCCAAACGACCUGCAGAACCUGCUGUAGCUCGCAGAGAACACGACGACCUGAUGACGUCAUCGACGUUACUGCCAUAUUAAAGCUGUCGGACGGCUCUAACAUGACAGGAACGUUGAGAUGUGAUGGUGAAGGACACUUGCACUGAUUUACUGGAUUUCAUUUGAGUUUUCUUUUCAUUUUUGUUCAGUAUUAUUAUUAUUAUUAUUAUUAUUAUUAUUAUAGUAGUGUUUUCAUGUAGGUAGUUUUAGACGUUUUGGACAAUAAUAAUAAUAAUAAUAAUAAUAAUAAUAAUAAUAAUAAUGAUGUCAUUGCACAUCAGAGUUAUCCUUUAUAUUGGUGUUAUUCUGGAUUGUUCUUUGCUUGUGUUAAACGGUUCAUUAUAAGCACAUCUUCAGUUUAUUUCUCAUCACCUCUCGGUAAAUCGUUUUUUUAAAGAGUUUUUUUUUUUGCCGUACAAUAAUAUGUAUUUAAUGACUUAUAUAUAUUUUUCUCAGUUUUAAACGGAAAAAGCGUCAUAAGAAUUCCCACUGUUAUUACAAUGUAAUAAACAACACCAAAACAUCAGUGCACCAGAGUAUUUGUGAUCAUGUUGUUAAUAAAAUGUUUAAUGCCUGCACAGACACGGUGAAGUGUUGUUUUGUUUUAUGAUUUCUCUGUUUUGAUCAAGUGCUUCCUGGUUUGGAAAUAAAAAUUUAAAUAAAAUAAAAUAAAUAAAAGUGU